CUCCCGCCUGCUCCGGGGCUUGUUUCUGGUGGUGUUCGGCGGAGGUGCGAGUGUGUGCGUUCGUGUGAUUGCGUCGCAUGAGUGAGUGUACGUGUGUUUAGGACGGGUGUGUGUAGGCGCCUGCACGUGCGUCGGACAGGCUGGAUUGGCUUCUGCAUCCCUUCCCUGACAUGAGCAGCCUUUGAUAGCAUAGAGGUCCAGCCGGGGUUGAGAAAGGUGCACUUCAGCUCCAUGGAGGUGUACCUGAGCCCUAGAGCGGAGGUUCCACUUCAGUGGACCUUGUUUAUGAGCCCAUCUCUAGGAAGGUGAAGGUUUUGGAGAAAACCCAGCCCUGAGAACUUUCACUUGCUUCAGGGCAGAAACUCUGUGAAGAAGCAGAUCCUGGCACUAACUGCUGGGGCCCAAGCAGCACCCGGCCAGCCUGGCUGGGCAGACAAGACUUGGGUAAAAGCAGGGUGACCAGAAAAGAGCAGAAAGACGGAGACCAGAGGAUGUGGCCAGAACUCUUCAGAAGAGAGGUACUGUGGAGGGGUUCUUUGGGCCUGCACCACUAGACUGAGCAGCUGCUAUUGGGCGUGCAUGAGCUUGUUGCCUGAUAGCUCUUCUUAGGGAAUGACCGUCAUAACCUUCCUGAACUGGACAUCUGGAUCAAAGCAUCUUCCAUAGAUUUCGCAGUGGCCAAACUCUUGGCAGAAGGUAGGAGGACAGACUCCAUUCUGGGCUUUUCUUUCCAAAGAAGAAUGGCCCCAGUCGCUUCAGGGCUCCUGCACGAUUAGACUCCUGUCUCAAGCUACAAGGGAUGCUGGAGGCUUUCUACGCAGACCUCUCCUUCUACCAGGGAGGAGUGUGUGCGGCUGUUCCAGCGCUGGGUGACUAAGUACUUUGUUCCCAGCACCCCCAUCAACUCUGAGGAUACAGAUGGAAGCCAGCAGCAUAAUUCUGCUCUCAAAGAGAGUGCCGUCUUCUUUUUUUUCUUUUUAAGUGUGGCAAUUGGGGUUAAGUGACUUGCCCAGGGUCACACAGCUGCUCAAACUUCUGAAGCCUCUUUCCACCCCCAACAAGGAGGACAGAAUGACUUCCGGGCUGCUGAGUGCUAGGUUCCAGGAGUCAAUAACCUUCCAGGAUGUGGCAGUGACCUUCACCCCAGAGGAGUGGAGAUGCCUGGGCCCUGCUCAGAGGGCCCUGCACAAGAAUGUCAUGCUGGAGACCUUGGAGAACCUUGCUUCCCUGGGGCUUCCUGUUUCCCCACUGGACGUGAUCUCCCUGUUGGAGAGAGGAGGAGCACCAGGGAUGCCCAAGGCAGUUCACCCCAGAAGGUCUCGGCCAGAUUCCAUUAGUCAGAAAACUAGAUAUGGAACCAAGGACUCAGCUCAGCCUCAGGGCAUUUACAGGGGAUAUGCCAAAGAAAGAGCACUGAAGAAUAGGCCUGGGGAAGGUGAUGUCAGGUCACAGAAAUGGAAGGGUGAUCAAGAGAGACAGCCCAGACAAGUAACAAACAGUCACAGAUCAUCUUUUAAUAAGGGGAAUGUCUCUGAACGGAAUUCAUUUGGGAAAAGUUUCCAUUUCAGGCCAGUCUUUUUUUCACAACAGAGAAUAGCAAUGGGAAAAAUUUUCCGUAAAUAUGAUAAGCUUGGAAAGAGCUCCAGUGUGUUUUCACAUCUAAUUAAAUAUACCAUAGCAGUCUCCUCAGGGAAGAAUUUUUAUAAACCAAACAUGUGUAGGAAGCCCUUUGGUUUCUACUCAGAUCUCAUUAAAUUUCAUAGGACACAUACCAGUGAGAAUGAAUCUAAAGCGUGUGGAAAAACCUUUGGGUGUAAUGUAUGUGGUAAGAUCUUCAGCCAGAGGCAAUACCUUAUUGCUCAUCGAAUAAUUCAUAAUGGAGAGAAACCUUUUGAAUGUAAUGAAUGUGGGAAAGCUUUCAGACAGAGAGGAAAACUUAAUGAACAUAAGAGAAUCCAUACUGGACAUAAACCUUUUCAGUGUCACGAUUGUGGAAAAGCCUUCAACCAGAGGGGACACUUUACAAGACACCAGAGAAUUCAUAACAGGGUAAAACCUUUUGAAUGCAAUGAGUGUAAGAAAGCCUUCAGUAGGUUGCAAAAUCUCACUGAACAUCAGCGAAUUCAUACUGGAGAGAAGCCCUAUGCAUGUAAUUCAUGUGGGAAAGCAUUCAGUCGAUGGCAAUAUCUUGCUGAACAUCAGAGAAUUCAUACUGGAGAGAAACCAUAUAAAUGUACUGAAUGUCUGGAAGCCUUUAGGCAGAGGGGCCACCUUACUGAUCAUCAGAGAAUUCAUACUGGAGAGAAACCUUUUGAAUGUCAUGAAUGUGGGAAAGCCUUCAACCAGAUGGCAAUCUUUAUUGGUCAUCAGAGGAUUCAUACUGGGGAGAAACCUUUUGAAUGUGAAGAAUGUGGGAAAGCCUUUAGCAAAAGAGCAAAUCUAACUGAACAUAAGAGAAUUCACACUGGAGAGAAACCUUAUAAAUGCUGUGAAUGUGGGAAAGCUUUCAGCCAGAAAAGAGUUCUUAUUGAUCACCAGAGAAUUCAUACUGGAGACAAACCCUUUGAGUGUAACCAGUGUGGGAAAGCUUUUGGCCAGAGGGGACACCUCACUAGACAUCAGAUAACUCAUGCUAGAGUAAAACCAUUUGAAUGCAAUGAAUGUAAAAAAACCUUCAGCCAGAGGCAGUAUCUUAUUGCUCACCAGAGAAUUCAUGCUGAAGAGAAACCCUUUGAAUGUAAUGAAUGUGGAAAAGCUUUUAGCCAGAAAGGGAAACUUAUUGAGCAUAAGAGAAUUCAUACAGGAGACAAACCUUUCAGAUGUAAUGAAUGUGGAAAAACCUUCAAUCAGAAAGGGUGUCUGAGUAGACAUCAGAGAACUCACACUGGAGUAAAACCUUUUAAAUGCGAUGAAUGUGGGAAAGCCUAUAGCCAGAGAGGACAUCUUAGUAGACAUCAGCGAACUCACACUGGAGUGAAACCCUUUAAAUGCGAUGAAUGUGGGAAAGCCUAUGGCCAAAGGGGACACCUUAUUAGACAUCAGAGAGCUCACCAUUAACAUGAAAAGUGGGGGACAGGAAUAAGCUUUAUAUAGUGCCUACUGAAUGCCAGGUGCUUUUACAAAUAGUUGAUUCUCAUAAGCCUGGAAGGUAUGUGCUAUUAUUUCCAUUUUAUAGUUGAGGAAACUGAGGCAGAGAGAGGUGAAGUGACUUGUUCCAGGGUCACACAGGUAGUAAGCAUCUGGGGCCGGAUUUGAACUCAGGUCUUCCUGACCAGGCCUGGUGCUCUGGCCACUGUCCUAGCAGCUGCCAUUAAUGAAAUGCUCUGAAUGUAAGGAAUGGCUUUUUGGCUAACAGGUUAUGCUUCACUAACCAUACUUAAAAAAAAAUAGGCUCACUAAGCUUAUAAAUUAGAGGAAU